UUAAGGGAAACUACUGAAACCGGUUUUUUGGAAAACAUGAUGCCACCAUUCGUAUACAGAUCUUAACAGGUGCAAAGUAAAAACACAAAAUUAACGAACAUAAGUGUUGACAAAAAAAGAUAAAAUCGAUUUUGGAAACGCGUCGAUCUUUAAUUACAAUGUGAUUAUUAAAAAAUAAAAAUAAAAUAAACUGAAUCUGAUAAAUACGGUAAUCUUUGGGACUGAGAGUCAAACACAAUGAAGGAACUGAUACUGGCUGGGUUUCUGCUUGGCUGCCUUUCAACAGGAUGUGUUGCUAUCCUGGUGACUGUGCCUGAGACAGAGCGCUACACUUCACUCUUUGCCACGGUUAGACUAAGAUGUGACUACUCCACCUCCAGCAACCUUCAGGAUGUUUUAGUCACCUGGCGUUACAAGUCAUUUUGCAAGGACCCCAUCCUUGACUACUAUUCUGCAGGGUAUCAGGCAUCCUUGCAGUUGGGCCAGGACCCUGUAAAUGAUUGCUCGGACAGCAUGCGAGAGGUGAGAACAGUGAUCCAGAAACGAGGGGGGAAUGAGCCUGUUCUGGGAACCGAAUACAGGCAGCGGAAGAUCACCAUUCAAGACAAGGCUGACCUGGUGAUUAGUGAAGUGAUGUGGUGGGAUCAUGGGGUCUAUUUUUGUUCCAUUGAAGCAUCAGGCGACACCACAGGAGACUCUGAUAAGGAGAUCAAACUGGUGGUUUACAACUGGCUGGUCGUGAUCUUCAUCAUCCUGGGCAUCCUGCUUGUGAUCCUGCUGCUCGGGGUUUGCUGGUGCCAGUGCUGCCCACACCGCUGCUGCUGUUACGUGCGCUGUGCCUGCUGCCCUACCAGGUGCUGCUGCCCGGAGAAGGCUGUGAUGCGCUACAAGAUGAUAAAAGAAGCACAAAAGGCUCUUAUGCCCUGGGCAAUGGGACAACCUAUUUAUGCACCGGUGGGUUCUGGAUCUUCAGCCUACCAGUCAAACCCACAGCUUAGAGACUAUUCCUUCAAGCAGAACAUCCCAAUGAUGCCGCUGCCUCCCCCGACAGUUCAACACCCUGCCAAUAACUCUGUCCUGGACUACAUUGAGAAUCAGAUGAGGACCCUGGACUCAAACCACCCAUUGCAGCAGCUGCCACCGCCGCAGCACCGCGGAUCAAACAACAUCCCGUUCCGGGGAGGCCCGCCCAGCAUUCUGUCAUCACUGAACGACAUUGAGGUGCGUGAGAUUGAUAGGCGUGUUAUCCACCUGCCGCCCAUCGUUGAGGGCCUGUCCCGUGACAACUCGUUGCAGGGCAACAGGGGUUACUAUUCAGGAAGCGAUAGGGGUGCCAGAGGACCCCGCAACCAGGGAGGAUCCAGAUCCAGUCAGGACUCCAGCCUUCUCAACCGGCAACAGCCCCAGGACGCCAGGAGGAGGAGAGACGAUGUACAGAGCAACAGACGGAGCCCCAGGAGGGAUUUCUCCCCUCCCCGCCGGCAAGACUUGCGCAGCUACAGCGACGAGUCUGAAUACGAUGGCCACAGGAGACCUGCCACAGGGAGGAGGGGACGGGGUGACACUGGAGGCAGUGGUGGCAGCAGGAAUGCGGGCCGUCAGAGAUCGAGGAGCAGGGACGAUCUCUUUAAUGAACCACGGCACCCACGGCGCAGGGAGAGGAGCAUUUCCCCGCCAGGCAGGAGCUCCUGGAGCUCUGACGAAGACCUCGGCAGGAGGGGAGGCAACAACAGGAGUCGCAACAGAGAUCGGGAAAGAGACUGGCCGGAAAAGCCUCCUAGCUACAGCUCGGUAGAUAUCCUGCAAGGGAGAGCCAACAACCGCUCACACCGCAACAAUGAAGUAUAUUCAUUAAAAAGUUCCCGGAGUGGAAGAAGUGUGGUGAUAUGAAGCAAGACACCUUUUUUUUUUUUUUUUUUUUUAGCAUUUCUGUAAAUAGUCUUUUUUUUUUUUUUAGUUGAACCAUUACAUAUUUUUUUGUUUCGUAUCUUAGUGUGUUUGUGAUAAGAUGCUUAUUGUAGUGCUGCACUGAGUAGUAGUAUUCGUUUAGUGAGAUGAAGAUCUCCACAGGUGAGGUGUUGAUUGGCCUACUUUAGCAUUCCAAGUGAAACAAGGGAAGAAACAGCUGCUUGUGUUUGUGUGGAUUGCUGUUUUCCACAGAGUCCAAGAAAAACAGCAAUCCUUGGAAUGGUGAACUAGCCCUAUCAAUGCCACUGACCCUCACCUGAUUGUCAGCACCUGAUUUCUGUGGAGAGUAAUAAUCCAGUAAUCGGUUCAACAGCAUUAGCUUAUUGUUCAUUUUGUUUCUGCCCAAAUGAUGUCUGUAUAUGAAAACGUGGCCUGUUGAGAAAUACCACUAGUGACUCUGUGGACAGGACCUUGUUUAAUCUUCAUCAACCAUAUAUAAUUCCAGCAAAGGGCAUGCUGAUGAGCCUGAGCCUAGAUCCUGGGGAUUGGAUUUCCACAUCACAAAACCGCUGAAGGUGCUGGGUAUCACGUUUAUGUAUGGAGUCUAUAUAAAUAACUGCAGGGGUGUUGACUCAUGGUGCUGGAGGACUAUUCCACUCCAUGUUUAACGGGUAAAAUGAUAAAAUUAACUUCUUCAGGGCCUGGAUGGAGGUUUAAUUAAACAAUUUAAAACAGAGUUGGAACAAGGACCAGGAGUGGAAGGGUCAACUUUGAACACCUCUGAAUAACUGGAUGGACAUGGAAGCUGGACUGCCACAAUGGCUUCCCUUUUCUGUACCUACUGUGUUGACACAUGGAGUUCAGUCUGUCGUGCUGUCCUGACACAGUAAUUGCAAUAUAUUACAAUCACUGCAUUAAUGUGAAUUAUAAAAUGCACUGCUACAGAGCAUCAUAGGAGGAGAGGACUGCAUUUCCACUAGUUAGGAGCCGUGGUUUUUAAACAGCUGUGUGAAUUAACAGGUACAGGAUCAUUGCAUCUUGCUUGCAUGUAUCAUUUGGUAAAUGUUUUAAUAGUGGUGAAAAUAAUGUUGUUUUUACAAGCUGAGUUAAUUGGUAGUUUGGCAAAUUAUCUAAAUGGUUUUACAGACUUUUUUCAUCCAGUUUGCUUUUUGUGGCGUAGUUAUUGUUGAUUUACAUUUAGCUAAGAAUUAUUUUUAUAACUAUUAUUAGUACCAUCGACUUAAGUUUCUCACAUGUACUUUUCUUGUCCGUAUUAAUUUGUAUCAUUUUCAGUUUCGGUCAUCACAUCUUGGUGAGAUCUGGUUCACCCCAGUGUAACCAUCAAUAAGAAAUACCAAGUGGAACAAAUGUGGAAUUUUUUUACAUCCACUUUGGGCAAGGGUGUAACUGGUUACACUCUGGUGAGCCCGGUGUACUUACAGGUUUUUCUAUAAUGAGGACACUCACAAAAAAUCACACAAAGUGAAUGUAAACAACACACAGAUUACAUUAAUUAAAAUAACUACCAAGUUGCUACUUAGGGAGGGGAGGGAUAAAGCAAAAUGUAAGAAUUUGAGAUUUGGAAUAUAAAACAUGGAAAUGGGCACAGAUUAAAUCAUGUGUUUGUGGUGUUUCUGGAAUUCUGUAUGCAGUGGAUUUGAAUUCACUAUUGUAAGCUUUAAACAAAUACGGGGGGGGGGGGGGGG